UCACUUGUCAUUCGGUCGGUUUGUAAACAAUAGAGGCGCUAGCUUCCCGCGGCAGGGGGAGUUUAGUUGUUAUUUUUAUCUUCACCGCCAUACAAAAUGUCGACAGCUCACGAACCUCGAGUGAAAAUGGGCCAAGGAGGUUUCCAGCGUUGGGUCAAAUUAUCAACAGAUGACUUGCCUCUAAUAAGACCACCAAAACAUCACAUGCUUGCUCACAUCACUGGGGGUCUAACCAGCCUCUAUGAUAUUGUGAAACGGACAAAGAAAGAAGAACCUGAAUCAGAAAAAAAUCUAGACAGUAGUGCCAGUGAUGCACAAAGCAAAAAAGAUGAAACAGAAAGUACUCAGAAUAAUGGACACACGGACAAUAAUGAUGAGUGCAGUGAAAACCUCAAUGAUAUUGAAAAGUGCAUUGAGGAGAACAACACAGAGAAAGAUUUGCAGAAUGACUCAAAAGAUGGAGAAGGCGACAACACAGACCAGAAGGAAGAGGACAGUCAAAAUGAGAAGAAAGAUGAUGAGGGUGGAGGGGAAGAUGAGAACAUAAGUAAAAAUGACACAGAUAGCAAGAAAAAUGAUACUGGGGAAGAGGAGGAAGAGGAAGAAGAGACAACUCCGUACACAGAUGAAGAAGGUGAAUUUUCUCCAGAGAAAGACAUGCCACCUCUUGCAGGUCGCUACAAAUACACCCAAAUUUUAGGGAGAGGCCAGUCGGCAAUUAUCAUUAAAGUGUUGGACACAUUUCACAAGGACCGGCCGCUAGCUAUCAAGGUUUUGCACCGAGUCUACAAGCCCAUAGGUUCUCAAGAAGCUGACAUUCUCCUGGAGCUCCAGAGGGCUGAUCCCUGGUUACAUGUUCCAUUUGCAAGACUUCUGAAUCAAUUUUUAUAUGGUCCCCACUACUGUCUGGUAUUUGAAUACCUGAGUCCUACACCUCUCUACACACAUUAUGAUCAACGAGAUAUCCGGGAAGUCACUGCUUUGCCUCAUAUUCGGGACCUGACUGUUAAGCUUCUUACUGUUCUUGGCUUUCUCUACAAGCAGAAUGUUAUUCAUGCAGACCUGAAGCCUGAAAAUAUACUCCUUAAAAAUGAGGAAGAUUUGUCAUCAUUAAUGGUGGUUGAUUUUGGCAAUGCUCUCCGUAACACAGAUGAAGAACUCUCCCUCUAUUACUCAGAUUUUGAACUACAAACCUUACUGUAUAGAGCUCCAGAAGUUAUCUUUGGAAUGAAAUUUAGUUUAGAGGUUGAUAUGUGGAGUUUAGGUUGCCUAUUAGCAGAGUGCUACUUGGGUGAACCUCUCUUCAUGGGCAAGUCAAAGAAGGAAAUUUUAAACAAGAUUACUGGGUUACUGGGACCAUUUCCACGUGAAUUUAAUGAUGGAGAGUAUGCUGAGGAAUUUGCAGACUUCAUUGGCAGACCACUGUCUCGAUACCAGAGGGUGGAAAAUCUUCGCAAGAGGUUGAACGAUUGCAAGGAUUCUACCUUCCUUAUGCUUAUAGAGAGACUACUCACAUAUCUGCCAGACCGGCGAUUCACCCCAUUUGAGGCUGCAUGUCACCCAUUUGUAGCAUGUUCGACGCCAUUUUUAUACCUCACACCUUCUCCAGGCUACAUAAGGUACCCAACUAUACUGCUAGAUAUGUCGACUUAUCCAUAUUUGCCUGGUCUCCCUGAUGAUGAUGAUGAUGACUCUGCCUCAGCUCAUGGCAGAAAGAGAUUAGCUUCUUUUUCUAAACACAAGAGACCAAAUCCAUCUCAAGGGCAAGGGAAUCUAAAGGACAAAGAUCAAGGAGCUCUAAAUUCUGGAGGAAAUUCUGGUCCUGGGUCAAAUACUGGCAGCAAGACAGCAACUCGAUCUGAUGUGAAAGAGACACUAAAAUCCAUGGGGUUAAGAUGUGAGGAUUUUACUAUUAGUGUUUAUUCAAAGGAGCAGGCUCAUGCCAUAUUAAGGAGGCAAGGUGUUGAGGUAACUGCAAACAAUGUCCCUUCUAGAGAAAAGUUUGCUACUGCUAAUGCAAAGGGUUUCAGAAAUACUAAGUCGUUUGAGGUUCCGAAGUCGGUUUCAAACAUGAGAACAGUCAGUGCAGCAAAUCGUCUGAAUGCAGGAGCACAGUUUCAAAGGGAGCAAAAAGAGGAUGAUGAUGAUGAUUGUGUUAUUUUAGAUCCCCCAGAAAUGCCCAGGCCUGUGCAGCGCUUCCCACAGCAAUUUCAGUUAAUGGGAACAACAGUGCAAGUGAACCGUGGAGCCAAGCGUCCCAACAGACCACUUGUUAACCAACCUCAGGCCAAGCGGUCCAAUGCCAGACCUAUGCAGUAUUAUCGCCAAGAGCACAAUGAAGAGUACAGUUCAGAGGCAUCAGUUCAGGAUACUUUAAAGAGGCUGAAGAACUACAAUAUUUCCAUUACUUGCAGACGAAAUGCUUCAGGAAUGAGACCACAAGGAGGCCCAAUGGAUAGUGAAUCUGAUAUGGAUAAUGAUAGUCAUAUGGAUUCUGAUGAUGAGGAGGAUAUGACAAAGUAUUUGGAAUGUCAAAUUGGUGAAAUUGACGAGCCUCCACCACCACCUGAAGAAUUAUUUGAUGAGGAUAUUGACAUUGAUUGUGAUGACAAAGAUGAUGUAGACUACAAUCCAAGGGGCAAGAAAAAAUCUAAAAAGAGCAAAACACCUCGGAAGAACAAAAAACCACCAGCAGAUGCAGGAUCUACUGGCAAAGUAUCAAGCCUGGACUCUAGUGUGGAAGAGAUUCCAGAAAUUAAUACAGAUGCUCCAUUAGAGGAACUAGAUGAUCAGCAAAUGUCUUCACAGCCAGACGAGGAGGAGAAGGACCCACUGGCAGAAGAAAAUGAAGAUCAAAGAGAGCUAAGAGAAAUACUAGAGAAUGCUGCAAAUAUUGAAGAAGAGCAAACCAGUGAUAAUCCCAAUGAAGUUACAGAGGAAAAUACUGAAGAAAAUAAUGCUGAGGAUCAAGAAAGUAAGAUAGAAGAGCCUGUUGAUGAAAAUAUUGCAGAUCCAGUUGAGGAAAAUAUUAAAGACACCACUGAAGAAAAUGUUGAAGAUGAAAAUAAGGGAGAGGAUAAUAUACUAGGAGAAUUUGUAAGCACAGGUGAAGAAAUAUCUCCACAGCCAAAAGGGCCUGGUGCUGAAGAUGAGGAAGAAAUUGAUGAGGAGCUAGAGAAAGAACUCCUUUGUGGGGACAUUGGUGAAGGUGAGGAAGGUGAAAUGGAAGAGGACCUGUAAAUAAAGGUCAUUUAAAUAAAAGCAGUUACCCCUAAAGCUCAUACAGGCAGUAAAUUACUGUUUACAUUACCUGGAAUGUUAAUUGCUAAAAUACCAUUGAAUAUCAAAUUGAUUUGUAAAUGUAAAUUUACGAGGAAUAGCAUAUCCAGAGUGAUGGAAAUGAAUCUCUUCUGAGGCACAAGCUUCACCAGCCGUGAUUUUAUUAAUGGCCCUUUGUGUGGAGUUUCUGAUGAACUGUUUUGAGAUUAAAUGGUACAAGGUUUAAAUGCCUGCUGCAAUGUGGGCAAAAGCAUCUGUGAAGAGUGGUUAGCUCGAAUUCUAAAUUGAUCUCUGCAGUUACAAAGGGGACAAUAAUUACAGCACCUGAAAGUACAAGGAGCCUGAAGACUUGGGAUUGGCAUGGAACUAACAGAAAUAGUUAACUUUACUUCGUGUUCACCAGGCUUUGGUAGAAGCUUAAUGUUCAUUUGCCAACAAAAACAUGUUUAAUGCAAAUUGCAUAUGAAAUAAUACUGAAAAGUGUAAAUAUAAACUUCCUGAAAUGUAAACUUACUUAAAAAAUAUAUACAGACAAAUUGGUAUUGUGUUAGAACUUCCAGUUGAAUAAGUAAAUUUUUAUUUUAUGAAAUUUGAGGUUCUUAUUGUUGGGGCUGGAUUUUCAUAUGAUUUUUUUCCUCUUCAAUUUCUAUAUUUUCUUUUUUUAAUUUUUUAUGUAUGUAUGUGUGUGUAACAACAAUCUAACCGACAACCACAAUAAAUAUGAACAUACACAUACACAGACUCAAACACAUUUACAGUAUGUGUACAUUAAAUUGUA